AUGCCUCGAAAGCUAAGGGCGGCCGCCCAAGCAGCGGCUAAAUCGAUGAAAAAUGUUCCAACGUUACCAGACCUCUCCGACGAAGAAAUGAUAGAUGCACCUCCUUCACAGCCCUCAUCACCCCCCAUUGAAGAGCCAAACUCCCCCGACGACGACCCCGACGUGGAGCCGGAAGCCGAUGAGAAAGACGAAGACCAAAUGCAGGCCGACACGCCAGGCGAAUCCAAGGACGAAGAAAACACUGGAACACCCGCAGUCGACGACACUACACAACUUGAAGGCGCGGCAGAUACUCCUACCCACGCGAUUGGCCGUCCCGCCAUCCCGCGCAAACGCCGUCUCGGUCGUCCACCCAAAAAUCGCCCACCAGACUGGGAUGCGCCAGACGGCUCCCAAACCCCAAUUCGCGUCACAACUCCCGUCAAGCGCCGACGAGGUCGCCCUGCUGCAAGCGGUGGCCGCUGGGCACGUAAUCGCGGACCUGUCCACAACACCCAAGUCCCCGUUGACAAAGAAGGAAACAUGAUGGAUGUGAUUGGAGAUGAAGUGGCCCUCCCGCCAAACCCGGUGGGUGACAGCAAGGUCGAUGAGAACGGCCAUCUCCUCGGCGGCCGCGAAUAUCGAGUCCGUACUUUCACCAUCCUCAACCGUGGUGACAAGCUCUACAUGCUGUCGACCGAGCCAGCGCGAUGCAUCGGCUUCCGAGACUCGUACCUGUUCUUCCAAAAGCACAAGAUGCUUUACAAGAUCAUCAUCGACGACGAUGCCAAGCGCGAUCUUAUCGAGCGAGAUAUCAUCCCGCAUUCGUACAAAGGUCGUGCUAUCGGUGUGGUCACAGCACGCUCAGUGUUCCGUGAAUUCGGCGCCAAGAUCGUCGUCGGCGGUAAGAAAAUUUCCGACGACUAUGAUGAACAAGCUGCUCGGGAACGCGGUGAUGUGGACGGAGAGCUGGCCGUUCCAGAGGACAAACUCCCCGCCCCCGGGGAGCCAUACAACCGCAAUCAGUAUGUCGCAUGGCAUGGUGCUAGUAGCGUUUACCAUACGAACGCCCCUUCGGUCCCGAUGGCUGGCGGGAAGCCUCUCGACCCGAAGAAGCGACGAAUCCCGGUAACAGACGAGAACUGGAUGCUCGAGCAUGCCCGCGCUGCAAGCCAAUUCAACUCCAAGCUCGUCGAAAUGCGUCUCGCCACGAUGGACGGCAUUUACGACGUCCACACCAACACCAUGCAAUACCCUCAAAUCAUGCAACCCACUCACGCCCGCUGGGAGCGUGUGCCUCCCUCUGACGUCCGCAGCACUGCCGAGCUCAUGUCUACGCUCAGCAUUACGAACAAGAAGUCUACCACAGCCUCUCAAUCUGCAUCUGCCGAGCCCACCGACUCCGCCGACAAGCCUGAUGACCAAAACACCACCAUCUUCACGCCCGUCCCCUCGCACAUCUCCGAUCGCUACGUUGUCACGGACACUGUCUACGAGUCACCGCCAUAUUCGAAUAUGGGCAUUCCCGGCCCAGACGGUGACUUGCGAAACCUGAACCCCAAUGGCCUCGCCAGUAUCGCCAACCCCAAGCACCCGGAGUUCAUGACGCCCGAGAUCAUCUCCCUUAUGCCCGAUGACUGCAAAGACGCCCUGAUCGAUGCGGCCGCCCGUGAGAUUCAGUGGAAGUCAAAGUGGAGCACUGAGGAGCAAGACGGGCUGCGUGCGCAGCCAUCGAAAAGUUAUGCCUGGUACCCUUGA